UGACUGGAGUAUGACAGAGAAACAGUGUGUCAUCCUGACUUCAGCUCUGAAAUCAAAUCCGUCACACCUGAGAGAGCUGGACCUGAGCUGGAAUAAACUAGGAAACACAGGAGUGAAGCACUUAUGUGAAGUACUGAAGGAUUCACACUGUAAACUGGAGAGAUUGAGUCUACAGAACUGUGGCAUUACAGAUGUUUCUUCUUUAACUCAGUCUUUGACUAACUCAAAAGCACUGCAGUUUUUAAAAGAUCUUGAUCUGAGUAUGAAUAAGAUCGGAGACUCAAAGCAGCAGCUCAGUGACGUGUUACGAGACUCAAACUGUGACCUGAGUGUAGACAAUAAAUUAUUCACCAGACGUCUCUGAACAAGUUUAGUCACCAAACACCUCUGACGGAUGCUUUAUAUCAUAGUGUGAAAUCAUCAUGAGAGGAGCAGAAAUCAUCAGGUGAUCCACAGAAGAGUCUCACUACUGUGUCUAUGAGGAGAAAUAAAUGUGUGAUUAAUGUGUAAAUGUGUUUCAUACAGAUGGAAGAGACUCAGACUUUACAAUGAAAUAAAGCAGCAUGUGUGUUAGAAAC